UCUCAACUCACACACCUACCUGGAACGAAGAAGAAACACCUGCCUCUACUACGGCUAGCUCCAAGUGAUCCAAGAGUAGAGUACGUAGUAUGCGGGUCGCCGGUGGGCACGCGCUGGGGGAGGAGGCAGUCGCCGUGGUCACCCCGCUUCACAUCGCUGGCGCAAUGCUCUCGGCCCCGGCAUCGGCAGGCAUCCUCCGCGCCGCCUGCGUCAGGUCCCACCCGCCGCAGACAAACACGCUCGACCUCAGAGUGGCCGUGGACCUCGCGCUCGGCCGUCUCACCAUGACCCGCAACGGUGGCGACGCAGCGCCGUCCAAUGCGUUCGUUGCCACGCUGAAGCGGGCGCAGGCGCAGCCAUACCGGCGCCCGGGCAGGACCGGGGGAAAGGCCGAGCUCGAGAAGCUCGUCGUCUCCGUCCUCGACGACCCCAGCGUCUACCGCGUCGUCUUGCGCGCGGCCGGCUUCUCGAGCUCCCAGGUCGAUGCUUCGUCGGAGCAAUCAAGUGGGGUAGGUUGGGACGUCGCCGCUAGUUCACCAAAUCCGUUUCACGGCAUGAUUAGGGCUGGACGAGUACAAACAUCUCUCCUGGAUGGAAGCGAGUGUCAAGCUAGCAAAGCAAUGUCAGGAGCAGGGCGACCGGACAUCUUUGGUGGCACCGUCCUAGGAGAAACGACGGCGAGCAUUAUUCCUCCGUGGCUCCGUCGCUACAAAGAUACAAACUGCUGCGGCGCCUGUCCUCAAGCAGACGCUGCUUGCCGCCGGCUGAAGUUCACGGAGCUCAGCGCGACAAAUCACAGGAUCCUCUGUGAUGCGCUCGAGCUGCGCGUUCCGCGACACGGAAGCAUCGUCGCCGGCACAUCGAGCACGGUACUCCGGUGCCGAUCGGGCGUGACGAGGAGGAGGCUGUCUAGCUCGUUGUCGACCUGGCUGCUCUUCAUAGGAAGGGACGGUGGCGGCAAGAUGGCGGUUGCUCGGGAGCUCGCGAGGCUUGUGUUUGACUCCUACGCUGAGUUCACCACACUGCAUGUGCAGGGUGACCCCGACAUUCCCGCACGCAGCGGCAUGCUAACCCACAAGAGGCCGAGAUCACCGGACAACGGCAAUGGUGGCGACCUCGGGGCGAGGCUGUUCGAAGCGUUCACGGAGAACCCUCACCGCCUUAUAUUGAUCGACGACGUUGACAGACUGGAUCGUGAUUCGGAGAUGCGCAUCAGAAACGCCGUCGCGGAUGGAGGAAUGGUGAGGGGAUGCAACGGCGACGUGGUCGGCCUGGAGGAUGCCAUCGUAGUGCUGAGCGCCUCUGACGUGUUGGACUCGAGGUACGUAGCUUCAUCUUCCUCCCCACGGGUAAAGCGACGCUUUAGUGGACAGAACCGUGAGGAAGGUGACGCCACGGAGAUGGAAGUGAGAUGUCGUCGUCGUCAUGGUUGGGAUUUGAACGUUUGUGCAGUGGAUGAGGAAGAGGAGGAGGAGGAGGACAGUUUAGCAGAUGACGGGGGGAUCAUGAAUGUCGUGGAUGGUGUUUUCCUAUUCAAUUAGCAGAUUUUCUUUUUGGUACCAUUCUAGGCAUUUCAAAGGGUUCUGAAUUGUUAUAUUUCGCCUUCAGAAUUUAUUGUCUUGAAUUAAGAAGAUUUUUUUAC